CUUCCGAUGAUCCGAUCGCGUCAUUGAGGGCAUAAGUUGCUGUUCGGACUAUGUAUUUCCGAAAGGGGAAGGAAUGGGUUGUUGAUUUCAGUUGUUCAGACUAUGGAUUUCCGAGAAGAGGAAGACUUGGUUGCUGGUUUCAGGAGAUUUAGGGCACUCUUAAAUAAGAAUGGAGGGAGAAGGACGGCGGGAGAAGGACUCGAGGGAGAAGAAUCGGCUUACUCACCCAUCGACUUCUCAUUCACACGCAGAGAGCGACAGAGGAAGGGAGAGUAUUGGUGCUGCGUGAGUGCUUUCCUCCAGUUUACGAUUCUGAAAUUUCUUUCUCUUGGAACUCUUUGUUGUUCUUGUCACUUCUUCUGGUGCUGCUCCGGCUCCUGCUCCUGCUCCAUCGCCAUGGGAGAAAGACAAAGGAGGGGAGAGAACUCAGACCAGACAUAGUGACUGUGCGUGUCACUGUCAUUUAGGGUUCGUGGGUCUGCGCGAGUGCUCUAUUGGGAUCAACAAACCUUAUAUCGUUCAUCUUCUUUGGGUUGGAUGUUCAUCUGAGAGAAUUGAACGAAUCCCAUUCACAUGUUUAUUUGUGGGUCUGCGUGAGUGCUCUGUUGGGAUCAACAAACCUUACCAUCGGUCAUCUUCUUCGCAUAACUUGAGGUGCAUAAUGUCGGUGGAUCCUCUCCAAUUGGACAUUAUACGAAGGAUCUUAGAAAAAAGAGCAAUGCAUGGUGAGAACAACCCACCUUCUAGGGCGUGGACAUAUUCUAGUAUGUCUGGAAAUUUAGAGGGUGAAUAUGAAUCUACUGAUAGUGGAGAUGUUGGAGGGCAAGCCAUGGUUAGUAAUGUUGUAGAUGAUUCAGUAAUGUCAAUUGGAGCAUCCAUUGAUAAAGAUAUAUCAAGUACGGACAUUGUUCUAUAUGAUCAAUCCAAUCACAUUUCAAAGUUGAUCUGGAAGGGUGAGAAGAGACGUGUGCUACAGAGUAAUGAGCAUAGUCGAACGUCCACUGAGUGGAAGUUGAGUAAAGAGCAAAAGUGGUUAGUUGAGAUUGCUGGAUUCAAGUACUUAUACCUUAUAGUGCAUUUCCAAAUGGAUUGGUGUCUAUUGACAGCAUUGGUGGAUAGGUGGCGAAAUGAGACUAAUACAUUUCACAUGCCACGAUUUGAGAUGACUAUAACUUUGGAAGAUGUGGCAUAUAUUUUGGGUCUUAGAGUAAUCAGGAAGGCUGUUACUGGGAAAAUAUACAAGGAGACUGAGGAUAUACUAGGCAUGGUACUUGGACAACAUCCCUCAGAUCCUACCAACACGAAGGCUCUACGGAGUGGUUGUGUGAAGCUAACAUGGUUGAGGAACCAAUUUUCCCAGCUGCAAAGCAAUGCUUCUAAAAUAGAUGUUAUUCGUGCUACCUGGGCAUAUUUGUUGCAUCUUCUUGGAACUACCAUAUUUGCUAACACAUCCGGAAAUAUGGUUAGCGUUUCAUAUCUACCAUUGCUUGCUGAUUUCGUUGAAUGUGUAGAAUAUGCAUGGGGCGCUGCUACUUUAGCUUUCUUGUAUAGGGCAUUGAUGCGUGCCUCAAGGAAGAACACUGCUAAUAUUGGAGGUUCAAUGACCCUAUUUACAGUAUGGGCUUAUGAGCACCUAGGGGUUGGUAGACCAGAUGUUGUUCGCCUAUGUAGGCCUUUCCCCCGAGCUGUUAGAUGGAAAUGCCGGCGCAGAACUGACAACAUUCAUAAUUGCUAUAGACCGUAUCGGCAAGAGCUUGAUCAACUUAAGGAAUGCGAGGUUAGUAAAAUCUAG